ACCACCGUGCACGCCCUCCCCGCGGGCUCGCAACCGCCACCAGGGGGCGGACGCCAUGGGAACAAGUUCGGCUUGCCACAUAGCGGACGACAAGACAGCCUCCGGAGGCAUGACGACGGUCGCCUCCCGAGUCGCUUCCAUCUGCGAAUUGAUCGACAACUUAGCCGCUGGUACAACUCUGAGCGCCAGGCGAGUUGCCGCCAUCUCCGCCAUGAUCGACGAGGUCGCCCAGGGAAGGAGGAGGAGGACCACGAGGAAGCGACGCAUGGGCAACUCUCGCUGCUACGAGCAGGUGUGCACGCUCGGCGGCGGCACGUUCGGCGUCGUCGUCAAGGCGCGCCACCGCGCCACCGGCCAGACCGUCGCUGUGAAGACUCUCCGCAGCUUGCCCACCCAAGAAUCGGUCGGUGAGCUCCUUCGGGAGGCCUGCUUCAUGGCGGCCUGCAGCGGCCACCCCUCCCUCGUUGCUCUGCGUGGCGUCGUGCGCACACCCGGCACCAAGGGAUGCAAGGACUACUUCCUCGUGAUGGAAUACGUCGGGCGCAACCUGUACGAGGUCCUCCGUGAGCGCAUCGAACGCGGUGGCCAACCGUACCCAGAGGCUGACGUGCUCUGCAUCGUGCGGCAGUUGCUAGCCGGCGUGGAGACGAUGCACAGGAACGGCGUCGUGCACCGCGACAUCAAGCCGGAAAACAUUCUCGUCGCCCAGCACAGUGGCAGCGGCGGCAACAUCGUCAAGAUUGGAGACUACGGGCUGGCGCUCUCCACGGCCGAGCAGGAAGACGGCACGGCCGGAACGAGGCAUUACAUGGCGCCGGAAGUGCUGCUCGAGAAACCGGACCGCGACACGCUCGUCGACAUCUGGUCCAUCGGCUGCGUGAUGGCGGAGCUCCUCACCGGAAAGACGUUGUUCAAGGGGGACGACAAAGCCGAUCAGCUCCACAAGAUCUUCGACCUGCUCGGCGUGCCAGGCGAGAGAGCGUCGGGGCCCGCCUUCAACUCGCCGCUCCUCGGAGAGGAGGUGCAGCUAUGGCGAGCGCGGCAACGGUCCGCUGCUGGGCCCAAGAACCGGCUGCGCAAGCUGUUCCCCAAGGCGCUGCUAUCCAAGGAAGGGUUCGAGGUCCUCCGGGGCCUCCUUGCGUGCAAUCCCCUCAGGCGGCUGGAUGCGGCCGCCGCUCUCCGACUUCCGUGGUUCGCUGACACAGGCGGCAUGCCGGUCGCCGCUGUUCAGGAGAUCUCAGCACCAACCACGAGGGCCCGAGGCUGAAGAAGCCCCUGUGGUCGUUCAAAGAGUUCGACAUGCUUCGAACCUUGUUGGAGAUGGUUAGAGACAGCACGAACCACAUAUGGCGAGGCUCUUCCCCAUCUUUACUCCAAAUCCAAAAGUGCAGCAGGAAUUGCGCUUGUUUAAUUAGCUUGUAGUAUAUAUACAGGAAGAGAUGGCAAGGUGGCAUCGGCCGCAUCCAUGGCUAGCUCCAUGGUUGACCGAGGAAUUAAGUUCGUGGCUAAAUGCAUCCACGACGACUCACGAGCGUAUUCUGCCUAGUCACUGGAGUAGCGAGUAGCGCCCAGUUUUUUUUCCUUUUCGGGAAAUGC